UUGCAAUACUGCACUUAAUACUUGUAAGGAUUUUUCAACAUUGGUUUCAGAAAAUAACGCUUUAUGCAUUUUAGGCGACAAACAAUUUUCUGAAUUUAUGUCAUUUAUCUUCACCAUAUGUGAUUUACAAGACAAGGUUUUAGAAUCUCCGAAAAUGGCUCAAAGCGCAAAACAAAACUUCUGUGAAAUGUGCAUGAGUGCACGUGGGAGUCAAUUUUGUUUAGAUUGCAACCAGUAUUUCUGUCCAAAUUGCAAAACGAGUCAUUUGCGGAUUGCUGUUUGUCGAGAUCACCGAUUCAAGAACUCUACAAAUGCAGCACCAGACACAACACUUUUCUGUCAAGACCAUAACGAGUCACAUGUUUUUAUAUGUGAUGAGUGUGAUGUUCCAGUGUGUCGUAUUUGCACAGUCAAAAGCCACAAGGGACACUCAAUGGCGGAUAUUGAAGAAACUGUUUCAAAAAAGAAAAACACAUUUUUGGCUUCUCUUAAAUCAACGCUUAAUACUGCCGAAGUCAUUAAAAUAGAAAAUAGUGAUAGCCAGAUAGAUCAAUAUGAAGUCAUCUUAGAUGAAAGCGUAAAUUCUACAAUAGAAAGUAUCCAAAGAGACGGUGAAGCCAUUAAAAUGAAGGUCGACAAAGUGGUUGAUCAAAUGAUACAAGACGUAAAUACAAAUUCAUUAGAGCAGAAAUCUUUGUUAAAAGCAGCCGUGAAGGAGACAAACGAUGCCAAAGAAUUUACCAAAAGUCUCAGGUGUAAAGAGGCAGAAAUAAGGACAAGCAAAGACACUAUUGGUUUACUACUUGAAAUCAAGUCAUUAGAAGGAAGUUUUGAAAAGAUGAAAAUUCCUUUUAUCCCAAUACCACACACUUUUAAGUACACCAAGUCGAUGGCAAAAGAAGAUGAAGUAAGAGCAUUGAUGGGCAAGGUUGAAAUCAAAGAUGGAAGUGUCGUCGUAGAUGAAAAUGAUGUUUUGUCAGGUAUUGUUUUUGAAUCUGUACUGAGCCAUGGAAAAAUAUUUAGGAACAAAACUUGUUUUUUGAAGGAUAAAAUAAACAAUUUAAGGAGGCUGAAUGAUACACAAUCGCUGAUUUUAUUUUACAAAAGUCAGAUGAUGAACGAACUAAGUAGUUCAUAUACACCGAAAAUUGUUCGAGUUUUUAUAGAAAUCAAUUCAAACUGGAGACGUUUCGUUGUGUCGUCAAUUGAAGAGUUAAAUAUGAACGUGCCAGGGUUGGUCAUUGCUGUUACUAAAGAUCGAACCGAAGCUAAUGUUGUUAUGAUUGACAAUGCGGCAUCACCUAAUACGAUUUAUAUAUCUUGGUUUAAAAGGGUAUCGCACUAUGUAGCGGAAAUCGCAUUCGGACAUAAUUUUAAAGGCACAUCCAAGCUAAUGAAAACAGCGGCAAUGCUUCCAAUUCUACAAAGUAUAGGAUUUCGUCAUGAAAUAACGAGAUUGUACUCGAUACUUGCAGUCAGUAAGCUACCAGAUAAAAACGAAAACCGAGUCAUUAUGAGAUUUGAUCCGUAUAGUAUUCUAUUGUUAGGAUCGAUGAAUCUGAUUGAAAAGGGUAUUUGGUCCUUUCAAGUAGAAGAUCCAAACAUAGAAGGCUUAAGUGAGCUCGACAAAGUAGUCCUUAACUUACUUUUUCCUCCCUGUAUUACCAAGGAUUACAAACCAAAAGUAAGCAAGGAAACUGCGUUCUUAUAUUGCGGACGGGGAGUAAUGGCAAACCACAAUCAUCCCCUUGGAUCAUUUACUGAUGGUCAUUGUGGUCCAGCCAAUGGUGCAAACUGUCCAUCUUGUAGAACUAUUAAAGAGCUAACAGUUGGUGAAAUGCAGCGGCUUGGUAAAUUAGGUAAAUUUCAAGGUUGGAGUGGCAUGGUUUAUUGCAACUAUUCCAAUUUGAAAUGUAGUUGCGGACCAAGUUACGGAAAACCUUGCGAGUCAUGUUAUCAAACAACAUCAUAACCUAAGUCUAAUUUGCGGUUGAUAUAUUCCUUUGUGUUAAUGGUUUUUGGUAGAGGUCAAGCGUAAUUCCAGAACAUUUUACCGGAACCAGAUACAUUCACUGCUAUAGUGUUAAAUUUUGUUUUUCUUUUUGUAUAGUUUUUAUUCAUUUUGUAGACAUCCUUUGAUUAUUUAACAUUUGCCGUGCGUCUUAAUGUUGGUGGAUUAUAAGUAAAAUGUAAUGUUUUGAGCUUCCAAUUUGAUCGUUUAUUGUCAAAUUAUCCGAAUAAAAUAAAGUGCUUUCGAAUAAUAUACUCUUUUCGGAUAGUUUAUCUAACAGAUAUUGUGAACAAUAUUGUGUAAAUGUUUGUUAUGUUUCUGUAUAACUUGUUCUGUAAAUUACGUCAUUUUUUUAGAUUUGUUUGUCACUGAGUCUUUUGUAUACAAAACGCGCAUCUGACGUAAAAAAUUAUACGCACGUUUUCUUUUAGUUUUGUUGCCCUAUUUGAUUUUUGAAAUGAUGAUGUUAUUUUAGCUUAUGCAUUCAGACAGGAGCCAUAUUCCGGGUACAACAGAGCCUUCAGCUAGUUUUGAACUAAUGCAUCGUGUUAACAAACACACUGUAAAUCGAAAUAAACUAGAUUUAUUUUGCUUCGGGAUUUGUCUAAUGCUUGACUGUAUAGUUUUUUGUAUCAUCAUGAAUUAAAACAUCAAAUUCCUUAUAAAUUAUCAAGAAUAAAGGGUAGGUUCCCGCCGCAAAAUAAUCAGCGCACCUUCUGAACAUAUACUAAUAUUGUCUUACUUGUCAACUAACUGCAGGGUACAAGCAUAGAAUAAGAGUUAAUACCAAAAACUACUUGUAAAAUAUAAUGCAUGACAGUUUUUACUAUAAUAUUUUUUUUUUAUUGUGAUUGAUUAUAAGAUUUUAACACAAUGUUGACUGCUUUACCCCUAAUUUGUCUUUUUUACCCAUUAUUUCUGUUUAUUUUGUUCACGCAUCGUUGUCAAUAGAAUGGAAUUUGAUUCGACUGUCAUACAAGUGAUAGGUUAAGCGCUAUAAAAACAGGUUCAAUCCACCAUUUUCUACAUAAGAAAUGUCUGUACAAAGUCAGGAUUAUGACCGUCACAGUUGUUAUCGUUUGAUGUGUUUGAGCUUUUAAUUUUGACAUUUGUUUAGAGACUUUCCAAUUUGAAUUUUCCUCAGAGUUCAGUAUUUUGGUGAUUUUACUUAUAACUUACACGUAUUAUUUCAUGUUUGUUACAAUGUUUGCGAAUUUUUUGUUAAUAUUCAUGAUACUCUACUGGAGAGGCAUUAGAAAAUCGAGAAUGUACCACGGUGUAAAUAUCGGAUGAUAAUCUGCCAAAUAACUUGCAUCACAAUGGGUAUUAUUUCUUGUUAUACUUCAAUGAGCAAAAAUAACUGAAUAAAUUUCGUUUGUCAGACGCUCGUUUCUUCUAUAAAAAUUCCUCAGUGACGUUAAAAUAAGAGUUGCCAAAAAGUACAAAGUUGCACUGAGAACCAAAAGUUCAGGAAAUUUUUUCCAAAUACAACCGAGGUACUCUUUUUCUGUUGUAGAAGUCCUAAUGAUUAUAUCGAAACUUUUUCAGACAACAUUUUGUAUAUACUUAGUAGUUAAUCUCUUAAUCUGACAUUAGCAAUGGUAGUUUAUGUCAAUACAGAAGUGCCGACUACUGGUUGAAAUUUGAUUGGACUUCUUCUUAAAGGUAGAAAGGUUAAAGCAGUAACCGAUUUCAAAGUACAUAUUCGUUUGAUGAGUCAACCGAAUCUUUACGGAUUACCUAUUUAGAUGUAGAUAUGAGGGAAAUUUUUCAAUACUAUGUAUUUAAAAAAAAAAUCCAUUUUAUAAAAAAAUGCAAUGGUGGGUGCAAAGUAACAAUGAACAAAAUGUAUUGUUUGAGUUUGAUUUUUGUCCACUGAAUUUGAAAUCGCAAAUUGCCAAUAUUUAUAUUAGAAUUGUUUCCCUUUAUUUUAAUUUUGUCUUAGAAAUAAAAUAAUUCUGAACGUUUGUAUACAUUAUUGCAGGUUAAUUGAUAUCAUACUCGUUUUCUUUCC